CUAUUCCUUAUCUCCUCGCCUCCAGCCCCGAACCUCUUACACUUACUUACAUUACAUCUAAUCCGCCAUCUUUCCCAUACAUUUUGUUUAGUUCCUAGCUGCAGUAAACCAGCUCUCACUCACGGGAUCAUUCUAUAACAGAAAAUAUGGCGACCAAAGAAGAGAGUCCUGUUGAGGAUAAGGAUGCACUUGACGUGCUUGAGGCGGAAGCCAAGGAGUUCGACAAGGAUGCCGAGAUCGAUCGCAUUUUAAAAGCUUUCCGUUUAGAUGCCUACGCAGUUCUGGAUCUCAACCCUGGUGUCCCGGAAGCCGAUAUCAAGCUAGCCUAUCGCAAGAAAUCACUACUCAUCCAUCCGGACAAAACGAAGAAUCCUUCGGCGCCGGAAGCCUUCGAUCGGCUAAAGAAGGCGCAGACCGAAUUGAUGGACGAGAAGCACCGAGAGCGACUAGACGAGGCCAUCGCGGACGCACGCAUGCUCCUAAUCCGCGAGAAUAAGUGGACGGUCGACAGCCCGGAGUUGAAAACGGAGGACUUCGCAAAGAAAUGGCGCGUCAAGACCCGCGAGGUCCUAAUCGAUAACGAGCUAAGACGGAAGCGUCAGAUGAAGGCCCAGAUGCAGGAGGAGGGUCGCGAACAGCGCAAGGUUGACCAGGAGGUCGAAGAACGCAAGCGCAAGAGGCAGCACGAGCAGGAUUGGGAGAGCACCCGAGACCAGCGUAUUGAUAGCUGGCGUCAAUUCCAAAAGUCCAAGUCCGGCGACGAUAAGAAGAAGAAAAAGAAGCUGAAGCCGAUUGGUUGAGUACGGGGGCGUCUAGAUGGGAGGGGAACUAUACGGUUGCACAUAUGCUUGCUUGCUUACACAGGAAUCGCACGCUCGUCGACCCUAGGUCAGAUGA